AUGGACUAUGAAGUUUGCGAUAGUAGUGGUACUGAUGAUGAUCUACCUCCAUCACAUCCAACUAGAGUUUCUGUAAGGGGUAGUAUUGCUGGGAAUGGAAGAUCUACCAUAGGUUCUGCUUUGUAUUCUAGGAUGCAUUCUGACAUGGAGACCCAAAUACAUAUACUAGAGCAAGAAGCUUAUUGUGCUGUUUUGCGUGCUUUUAAAGCUCAAUCUGAUGCCAUCACUUGGGAAAAGGAAGGCCUGAUAACAGAACUUAGGAAAGAACUGAGGGUGUCAGACGAUGAGCAUAGAGAGCUUCUGACCAAGGUUAACUCUGAUGAUAUUAUCAGAAGGAUAAGGGACUGGAGACAAAAUGGUGGGAACCAGCUUGCAAGAAUUGGUGCAUCUCAUACUGUCCACACUGUUUUGCCUAGUCCAGCUGUUUCUGCAUCCCGCAAGAAACAGAAGAUAUCUCAGUCGGGUCAGUCAUUGCCUGGCUUAUCCUCAACAAAGCCUAUGCAUUACCCUGCUGCAGUUUCUGCUGGAAGUAGGCAAUUCAACAACCGAGGUACUGGUGCUGGCCUUUUGGCCAAUGAGCAGGGUGAAGGAGCAACUUUUGAUCCCUUAAUUGGAAGGAAAGUGUGGACAAGAUGGCCUGAAGACAACCAUUUCUAUGAGGCUGUAAUCACUGAUUACAAUCGCUCUGAGGGUCGACAUGCUCUGGUUUAUGAUAUAAGUACGGCAAAUGAGACUUGGGAAUGGGUUGAUCUCAAAGAGAUUUCUCCCGAUGACAUCAGAUGGGAUGGUGAGGACCCAGGCAUAUCUUAUCAAGGUGGCCGUGGUUUCCAUAGAGCUAAGAAAUCAUUCAGUAAUGGUGCUCCCGCGCCAGGUCCUGGAAGAGGCAGAGGUUCAGUGAGGGGUCUAUACAGAAAAGAAUCUUUUCCGUUGCAGAAUGGUAUUUCAAAUAAACUUUCAGAUGAUAUCGAGUUGUUAAACACAGAGGCUCUAGUAAAGGAGGUGGAGAAGGUUUUCGAUGCUAGCCAUCCUAAUCCCCACGAGCUUGAGAAGGCAAAGAAGAUGCUGAAAGAACAUGAGCAAGCACUCAUUGAUGCUAUUGCGAGGCUUGCCGAUGCAUCUGAUGGUGAAAGUGACGGAGAACAGACGUACUCUCGUGGACAACCGAUGGAGCAGCUGUGAAUAUGCAGUGGGCAGCAAACUAGUUGAUCUUUUCUUUCACUUCUAUUUGUUGUGGAUCUUUUUUUCUGGUUACUUGGAUAGAAAG